CUCUCUCUCUCAUCAGUCGUCACUCGCUGUGCUGAGCGAGCAGCAGCUGCUGUGCGCUAGCGGCCACUUCGCUUCGCUUCUUCCUCACUACUACUCCCCCCGCCGCAAGCUAGCUACCUACACUGCGGGUGGCGAUGCCCAGCUCCCGGCGAACCACCGGCCGCGGCGGCGGCGGGGCUGCGCCAGCCGCGGCUGGAGGCGGAGAAGAGGGGGGCGUGCGGGUGCCGCCGUUCGCGGGGAACAACAACGACCACAACCCGCGGGACCUGCGCUCGUGGGCGCGCCGCACGGGCUUCCACCCCUCCGCCUUCUUCUCCGGCGAGUCCGCCGUCUCAAACUCCUCCACCCCCACGGCGCACCCGCCGCCGCCGCCGCAUGCCCCGCCGGCAUCCUCCCGCCGCCCCCCGCGCCCGCCGGAGACGGAGCAGGAUCCCGCGCCGCCGCUCGAUCUCGAGCGGGGCCGCGGAGGCCCCCGCCCUCGCCGCCGCAUCGACCUCCGCGGCGAGCUCGAGAUCCCCGCCGUCGCCGACGAGGUGUCGGCUGAGCCGGAAGCCGCGAGGAGAGGGCGCGGGGACGGGAGAAAGAGGAACGGCGUCGAGCGCCCGCCUGGAGGCGAGAGGAGGGAGGCGCUCAAUGCGGCCAGGAGCGCGCCCGGCGUUGCGCAAGCCGACGCGGGUGCGGGGAAAACGGCCGAGGAGGCCGCCGAGGCGAAGCGGAAAGCGGAGGAAGCGGAGGCGAGGAAGAAGAAGGAGGACGAGGAGAGGGAUGCGGAACUGGCCGCGUACUACCAGGAGCAGUGGGCAAACGAGGAGGAAGGAGCUGGCGAAGGUGCCGCUGACGGCGAGACGGCGCCUUUGCAUAGGGCACCGGGGCUCCGGUGCGGCGUCACGGAGAACCCAGGCUGGGGACUUCUCGUAUUCUAUGGCAUACAACAUUACUUGUCAAUAGCUGGUUCGCUUGUUUUUAUUCCUUUAAUAUUGGUACCAACCAUGGGCGGAUCUGAUGAAGAUACAGCAACAGUCAUUUCCACCAUGUUAUUAGUGUCUGGUCUUACAACAAUACUCCAUACUUUUCUGGGUUCUCGGCUUCCGUUGAUUCAAGGAAGUUCUUUUGUAUAUUUGGCUCCUGCAUUGGUGAUUGCGAACUCUGAAGAAUUCAGAAAUCUUAGCGAAAAUAAGUUCAAACACAUAAUGAGGGAAUUACAAGGGGCUAUACUUGUUGGUUCCGUUUUCCAAAUAAUCUUGGGAUACACUGGUCUUAUGUCACUGCUUCUGAGAUUGAUAAACCCAGUCGUUGUGGCACCAACUAUUGCUGCAGUGGGUUUGGCUUUUUUCAGUUAUGGUUUCCCUCAGGCUGGUAGUUGUGUAGAAAUCAGCAUGCCCCUCAUUGUAUUGCUUCUUCUGUGCACCCUGUACCUGAGAAAAGUAUCCCUAUUUGGAAACCGUAUCUUCCUCAUUUAUGCGGUGCCCCUCAGUGUUGGAAUUACAUGGGCAUAUGCAUUCUUCCUAACUGCUGGUGGAGCAUAUAACUUCAAGGGCUGCAGUUCAAAUAUACCCAGUUCAAACAUAUUAUUGGAUUCAUGCAGAAGACAUGCUCAAGUUAUGAAGCGUUGUCGAACUGAUGUUUCUAGUGCCUGGAGAACUGCUGACUGGGUGCGGGUUCCCUAUCCAUUCCAAUGGGGUCCUCCUACAUUUCAUUUCAAGACAGCUAUCAUUAUGAUGAUAAUUUCAUUAGUUGCGUCAGUUGAUUCGCUUUCAUCGUAUCAUGCUGCUUCUUUGGUGGUCAAUUUAAGCCCUCCAACACGUGGAGUUGUUAGCAGAGGGAUUGGCCUUGAGGGGAUUUCUUCUUUCAUCGCUGGACUAUGGGGUACAGGAACUGGUUCGACGACAUUAACAGAGAACAUACAUACCCUUGACAUAACCAAAAUGGCCAGCAGAAGAGCUUUGCAGCUUGGGGCAGCCUUGUUGGUCAUCUUUUCGUUUUUUGGGAAAAUUGGAGCUCUACUUGCUUCCAUCCCUGUCGCUUUGGCCGCCUCUGUUCUUUGCUUCACGUGGGCACUUAUUGUUGCACUUGGCCUUUCCACGCUGCGAUACACCGAAGCCGCAAGCUCAAGAAACAUGAUAAUUGUUGGGUUUUCCCUCUUCAUCUCCCUGUCCAUUCCGGCAUAUUUUCAGCAGUAUGAACCUAGCUCCAAUUUCAUUCUACCGGGUUAUCUUCUUCCAUAUGCUGCAGCGUCAACUGGACCGGUUCGCACUGCCAGCGAAGGGCUAAAUUAUGCAGUGAAUGCUCUUCUAUCUAUCAACGUGGUGGUGGCUCUCGUUGUCGCAAUGAUCCUGGACAACACGGUGACAGGGAGCAAGCAAGAACGAGGGGUGUACAUCUGGUCAGAUCCCAACUCCCUGGAGAUGGAUCCCACAUCUUUGGAUCCGUACCGAUUGCCCAAGAAGAUCUCGUGCUGGUUCGGAUGGGCAAAAUGUGUUGGCAUCUAAUAUAACACUGGCUAGAGUAGAUCUGCUGGAAGGUGGUGAAGAUUCUAUUCAUUCUAUUGCAAAAAUGUUGUAGGACUUGUUAUAUGGCUCUCCUGCUGCAGUCGUUGGCUCGGCUCUGAGGAUGCGUCCGAGCUCACAUGUAAAUUUUAACAGUUAUUUAGGGGCAGUAAAAUAUGUAUUUACAAGUAUGUAGAAAUGAAGGUUCUAUAUGCGAUCCACCUCCUGCGGAAAGUUGUAAAUGUGAUCUUCCAAAUGAUCGCUCCUAUUAUUUACCAACCAGGGCGAAAAUAGAUAAUGAGCAUGAGGUAACAAUUUCAUGUUGA